AUGCAAACCCGCUCCCAAACCCAAGACCAACCCUCCCAACCCCCAAAACAAGCAGCCUACGCCCAAUCCUCGAAUCCCGUUUCACACACGCCACAAGAGCAACGAGCAACUGAAGACCGACACCACGGCGACACAAUCGGGACAAUCAAACGAACAGCAUCAUCACAACCCUCCAGCGACGAAAACCGCGCUCGUCUAAGCGCACAACACGAACAACACGAACGCGAACUCCACAAUGCACCCGACGUCGAUCUAGAUUACGGCGUCGAGCAGCAGCCCGCCGAGGGGUAUAUUGCGGAUAAUGUUCAGCGGAAAGGGAUGGGGAUUCAGCGUGCGCAGGCUGGUGCGCAUGCUGGUCCUGUUGGGAGUUCCGGGGGACCUGGACAUCCUGGGUUCGGGGAAGCGGAUGAUUUAGCUGCGAAUUUGGGUGCGAAGAGGGUGGAACAUGAUCGGAUUCUUGGGGAUAGGGUUGGGAAGAGUCCGGUUGAGCCGGAGGGGGAGGGGGUUGAGAGAGAGGCUGUUAGACGGCGGGUGUUGGAGAGGGAGGAGAAAUUGGAUGUGGAGGGGGCGGUUAAACAAGCUACUGGUGAUCCGGUGGUAAGUAAAUAG